AGCUAUAAUAUGUACACUAUUUACAACUGUGUAUAUUAUCUUAAUGUGGACGAGACAUGCGAUAUUCUGUUUGAGAGAACGCGUGGUUUGAAAUUUACGAGGGAAAAAUCGAUCGUCGAGAUUAGAACGUUCGACGGCGUUCGAGAUCGAGAAACGUGGGCAAACGUAAACACACAUGUUUAUACGUGUAUACUUACGGGCUGCUUUGGCCUCUAGAAGAGAAAUAUAGUUAUUCAAUGAGGAAAUCGAGCUGAUUAUUUUAUUUAUUACCUUUGGAGUGCAAGUCAACGAUUUCAGUAAAGAUGAAACUGUCUUUGUUCAACGAAAAUGCAAAAGUACUUUUGGUUGGCGAGGGAAAUUUUUCUUUUGCUGUUACAUUAGUGAAGCAUAACUUAAAUGUCCGUCUCAUCGCCACUUGUUAUGAAAAGGAUGUAAAUGAAACUGGAAAGAAAAACAUAGAUAUUUUAAAAAGUCAUGGUAUUCACGUAUUAGUAGGAGUUGAUGCAACAAAAUUCGAAGAACAUAAAAUCUUGAGUUCUCAGUCUUUUGACAUAGUAGUUUUUAAUUUCCCUCAUGUAGGAGGAAAAAUGAGAAUAGAAAAGAACAGAGAAUUGUUGAGACAGUUUUUCAUAUCGGUUAAAUCUGUUUUACAUAAGGAUGGAAAAGUUCUGAUGAGUUUGUGCGAUGGACAGGGGGGUACACCUGCUGAUACAUCCAGAAGACAAUGGAAUGAUUCUUGGCAAGUCACAGAAAUGGCUGCUCAUGGUAGCUUUGUGCUACUUGCUAUUGAACCGUUUGAUUCUUCCCUGUUUAAAACUUACACUGUUACUGGAUACAGGAGUUUGGAAAAAAAAUUUAAUACUGAAGGAUCUCUCACUCAUGUUUUUAAGCGAGCUGACAGACCUGACAUUGUCAAUAUUGCACCCAAAACAAAAAUCAACUUACAGAAGAACAAUUACAAGCCAAUUGAAUGGGAGAAUGUAAUUUUUGAAGCUAGUAGGGAUGCAAAUGAUAGUAGCUGUAAUUUAUCAUUAUAUCCUAAUUUCUACAAAUUUGAUAUGACAGUCUGUAUUAAUUCAGAAUUCUCUGAUUCAAACUUUUAUGAAUCAUUGUACAAUAAUGCAGGUCUUAUUAUAAGCAAUGUGGAAUUUAUUGGUUUUUAUAAAUUUUCCGAUUUCAAAGAAACCAGAACAUUUAGAAUAACUUACAAAUCUGACAAAUUUCCAUUAUACAGAAAAUUAGUUAUAGACAUUCACGAAAACUUAAUAGCAGAAAUAGUUGAAAGAGAUUUGCAUGUAACUGUUCCCAGAUAGGUGUAAAUAAAAUUUGACGCACUUUAAAUGCAUUUUGAAACAUAGAAAGAUGCAACCUAUUUUCAAAUGGCAAUCCAUCUCUGCAGUGUACAGAGUUAUUAGGAAUUGCAACACUGUACAGAAAAAUAUUUACCAGUCCAAAAGAAUUCGAAUUAUAAGCAGUUUCUUGUACAAAUCAUUUCACAGUACUCAUCAAAUUCAUGAACAUGAACAUGUUGCAAGUGCUCUCAGGAAUACAAAACCAAAAUCUGAUAGAGAUACAUUGCAAUACUUUGUUGAUAUGAAACAGGUCAGAGUUCAAGGAGGCAAAGGAGGAGAUGGAGCUAUUUCUUUCCUGCAGUUGUGGGUGAAUGAAAGAGCUGGGCCAGACGGAGGUGAUGGGGGUCAUGGUGGACAUGUAAUAUUUCAAGUAUCAGCUGAUGUCAAAGAUUUGUCAACUGUAAGUAGUGUACUUGAAGCUGAGAGUGGAGAAGAUGGGCACAACAAAGACUGUUUUGGAAAGAAUGCAAAACACAAUAUUAUCAAAGUUCCAGUAGGAACUAUUGUAAGAGAUACAGAAGGAACCAUACUGGCUGACUUAGAUGAAGAAGGUAUGAUGUACAUAGCUGCUCGAGGUGGUGCAGGAGGUCAUGGCAAUGCCUUCUUUAAGUCUAACAUGAACCAGUCUCCAAAAAUUUCUGAAUACGGGGCAGAAGGGGAAAGCAAACAGUAUGUGCUAGAAGUGAGAAGUAUGGCACAUGUCGGUUUGAUUGGUCUUCCUAAUGCUGGCAAAAGUACGUUACUCAGGGCUAUCUCGAGAGCAAGACCAAAAGUCGCAUCAUACCCCUUUACGACUUUGAGACCUCACAUUGGAAUGAUCCAAUAUGAUGAUUAUGAGCAAAUUGCUGUUGCUGAUCUACCUGGAUUAAUACCAGAUUCACAUAAGAAUAAAGGUCUUGGAAUUACGUUUUUAAAACAUGCCGAACGUUGUGCAGCUUUAUUAUUUAUCGUUGAUUUAACUCAAGAGGAACCGUGGACUCAUUUUGAAAUUCUACAGUAUGAAAUCAGCCAAUUUAACGAUAAACUGAAUGAUAGACCUAUGAUAAUCAUAGCAAACAAAGUUGAUUUACCAGAAGCAAAGGAAAAUUUGAAGCUGUUAAAAGAAAAAAUCGACCUACCUAUUAUUCCGAUUUCUGCAAAAAUGGGAACUAACGUUGCAACGUUAUUAAAGGAAAUCAGAAAAUUGUACGACUUACAUUUUAGAAAAAACGAAUAGUAGCAAAGAUGAUUUAGCAUAAGAUUUAUUUAAUAAAAAAUGUUAAAAUUAU